AUGUGGUGGGGGGAGGGAGGGCGGUUCUACUGGGGGAGAAGGGAGGCGGGGAGGACGGAAGGGAUCGUGGUGGCGUUUGCGUGGACGUCGAGCGAGGAGAGGCACAUGAGACAGUAUAUCGAGCUGUACGGCUCCAGCGGGUGGAAUUCACUCGUCUGCCACGCUGAUUUCCUCACCAUGUAAGCUCUUGAUGGAUCUUCUCCCUUCGGGUGCCCUAUUUUUUUUCUAAUUUCGUUCUUUCCUUUCCCCCCUUCCUUCUAUAUGGUUUAUUGAGAGCUUGGCGGUGUUUGAUGUGCUACUAUACUCACAAAAUGAAUAAAUUAGAGAGUCCAAUGAAUGAAUGGAAUAAUCUAUGCUAGAUGAAGAUAAUUAAUGCCUUCUAAGGUAACCACUACAGAUUAUUUCGAGGAGAACAGUCUUGAAAGGGGAAAUCAAAAUAGAUGAUUGAACAAGUCGUCAACCGCCACCAAAUUUCUGAAACAUAUCCAUAAGAUAGUUCGCCCUUUCUCUAAAGGAGAUGAUAGACCUGUAAUUAAUCGGUAUCAUCUCCAAUCCUUAUUGCUAUUCUAUCCGGGUUUGUUCAGGAUGUGGGAUAUGGAUCUCAGGAAAUAUGUCAAGUUUCUCUUGUGGUCUGUCCCACUGAAGUUUUGCUCUCUCUGACAUGGAGGAGCCUCUUAGAGAUGGGGAAAUUUUGUAUCUUCAUAUUGAUUUCUAUAGGAUACAAAUUAUUUAUAUCAAUAAAAAAAUUCCCUCCUCCUUCCAUAGUGUUUAAACGUAUAGCUUUUGAAAUAAAUCAAUGAGAUUUAAAUUAAUUGCAUUUCCAUAAAGGUGGGGAUUUUACGAAUUUUGGUUUCACACAUUUUGCAAGGAAAAAACUCAAAAGUUAUGCAAGCAGAAGCACGGUUUGAACAUCUUUUUUAACCCCCUCAUACUGCUCCAAACAUAUAUUGCAUGAAGUUUCAUCUACCAACACAAAACACAUCAAAGUGUCCAAUUUUUAGAUGUGAAUCAUUUAUUUUUGGACUAAACUGAAUUAUUUUCUUCAAUUUGGCCUACUCAUUUUUUUGACAUUUCACUUUUCGUUCAUUUUUGAAAAUUGGACGUGAGAUGAGCCAAAAUUUGCGACAUGGUCUCAGAUGUGUUGCCUUUCUGAAGUAAUUUCAUCUUUUCUGUAACGUUGCUCUAUUGUUGUCCCAGUGAAUGAGUAAAAUCUUCAAUGCCGAAAUCAUUUAACUUUCUAAGGCUGCAUGUGGUGUCUUUUUCUCAAUUGAUAUCUUAGUAGGGAAUCAAACAUAUAGAAUAUUGUUGUAGUACUCAGUCUCUGUUACUACAUUAUUUCGUUUUCAAAUAAUGUUAUCUACAGAAGUAGAUUGCACCACAAAAUAUAUCUUUGAUUUUGGUAACGUAGUCAGUUAUGGAAGUGUGGACUAUUGUUUGAGAUUUCUAUUUGUUUCAUGUUAUCAUUUCAAAUUGAGAAACCUAGACCCGGAUGAAAUGAUUUAGAGGUGCUAGCUUGGUUAAGGCGGUAAACCACACUGUUGAUUGAGAGCUAGUCAUCACAUUUCCUAAUGGCGGCCUUUCUUUUGUUGAUUCAUGUUUUGUAAAAAUGCUACCUUUUUGUUGUAAUGUUGAAAACUCUAAAACCGUGUUUAUAUGUGAUGUUAAUUUUCAUCUAUGAUCCCAGGAAGCUUGGUGACGAGUGAAGAAUGAUGAGUUGGCUGAUCAAAUCAUAGAAUUGAAUGUCAUCACAUUUAAAAAUAAGUAUAAUAAAAAACGAGGAGUUACGUGAGAUGAAAUCCUGGCACGCAAAUCAUCCCUAAGAAAAGAAAAAAAUUGAUAAAAAAGUAUAGCGAAUAUACGUGCUGGGUAGAAAUAACGGGGUAGCCUAAUUACAGUUUUUUGUAAGUAAAGAGUUAGGCAGUAAUGAUUUUAUUUGGUUCUUGUGUAGGUUUUUUCCAGAGAAGGCUACGUCAUUGGCAUGCAGUCUUCUUUCUGAGCUGGUGAAGGUAAUUAUUGUUUCUGGUGGUGGUGGAUAUUUCUGCUCAAUUUUUAUAUGUUCUGUCCUUAGACCUGAGCAUGACAUCCUUUCAUGGAAAAUUAAGCUCUAGUUUUUAGCCUUACUAGUAAAACCCAGGGCAAGUACUAUCCUGCAAGAUAGUUGUGGCAUUGCAUUCGAAAUUUUAUGCAUUUAGAUUGUAUCGCCUGCUAAUGAACAACCUUUCAGAGUAACUGGCAAGUCAAUGACAUAUACAAUCAUCCUCAAAAAGUAGAAAGUCCACAUAUUGUUGGGAUAGGUCUUCCUUCUCAUUGUCAUUACAAUGCCAUAUCCCACCAUUUUUUUGCUUCCCCAGUUUCCUAAAUAUCGUCCAUCCUUCUUCUGUCUUUGAUACCAGUGAUAUACAUUUCAUGAAAUGUCCAUGGUGUGGUUUGCUUCAUCGUAUGGUUCUCUCAUUCACGGAUUGUAAAAUGAAACUUGAGCCAUUUCAUCUUUUUCCAAUUUUUUUUUAAAGUUAUCCAUGUUGAGGGUACCUGAAAAUAUUUUUCUGUUGGCCAAUUUGGUUAUCCUUGUGCUCUUUUUGCUGGGAAACAGGAAUUGAGAAGCAGACCAUUGCCUGUCAUAUUUGCUGCUUUCUCUGGGGGUCCAAAAGCAUGCAUGUACAAGGUUCUCCAGGUAUUUUUUCUGAUUUGACAUUUGAUUCUUCGUUUUUCUGCAAUGCCUCUCUUAUAGACUAUUUCUUACUGGUUGUUAGCAUGGAUAGAAUUCGGUUAGGUGGAUAUGACUUUUCCUUUGUGCUUUGUGAAGAUGCUAACAUAUUUUUCCUUUACUGUCAGAUAAUUGAGGGAAAAUAUGAAGGACUGCUAGAUCCGGUAAGAUCAUUCAUUUGGAUUUUUCUUGUUUUGAACUCGAUAUUCAUGGACUUCAACAUUAUUCUGUUUUGACCGAGACAAAUUAAGGAUCAAGUUGUCUUUAUUUUUGGUGUUCUGCCUAGAACAGUACGCACAUGUUUCCAUCUCACAAUGGUUAUUUUUUAUUCAUCUGUCAAAUGCAGGAUGAAUGUCAGCUGGUUAAUGACUGCAUCUGUGGACAAAUAUACGAUUCUAGUCCUGUAGAUUUCACCAGUGACUUAGGCACCCGGCUUAUUCUUCAUCCAACUGCAGUCAGAGUGUCUGAACCACGAAAACUAGUUUCAUGGAUGGCAAAAAUGGUGGCAUCUGGUCUAGACACUCUUUUCCUAAGCAGAUUUGAAGCACAGCGUGCAGAGUAUUGGCAGACAUUGUACUCUUCUGCGGUAAAGCUUCUGUUUUGUAUUUUUACAUACCACGCUCAAUGAUUGCUGUCGUUAUUCAAGUUGAUGGGCUAACUGUGUAUGCAGAAAUUGGGGCCGAUUCUCAUUUUGUGCUCAGAAGAUGAUGAACUUGCUCCUCGUCACAUUAUUUGCAAUUUCGCUCAUCAUUUGAGAGAGGAGGAUGGUGAUGUUAAGCUAGUUAUAUGGAAAUCUUCCCCUCAUUUAGGUAUGUUUUAAAUAGCUUUAUGAUGGUUUUGUGAAGUUCUUAUUUAAAACUUGAGGACAGAGAUGUGACUAUUUUAAGCUGCUUAUACUGCCUUAGAGCCAUUCAUGCGUGAGAAUGAUAGGAUAGGCUAUUUUUCUAUGCAAUUUCAUGGAAAACCAGAUCUGGGAAAUGCAUGAGUCUUGUGGAUAUGCUGGUAUUAGCAAGAUUUAGAUCAUACUUGAGAAGUACGAGCACACAAAACCAUUGAAAGAAGCUUGACAACUUAUUUCUGCAGAGUAUAUAAUUUUUAUUGGAAAUUCUGGACAUAACCAAUCAUUCGCCAGAAACACUGUAUGCCUGCCGCUUCUCUAUCAACUUCAUCCUCCCUCACAAUCGGGUUCAUAAGCAAAUAAACAAAUUCAAUGUCAUGGUGUUUUCACGAAUAAAUUUAAUGAGUACAAUAUUCAAAUAGAAGAGGAUAUCACGUACAAAGUAUGACAAGAAACAUAAGAAGCAAAUAGAAGUUGCAUCCAUUGCUCUGUAGCUGCGAACUUAGCUUCGGGUUUCUCCACUCAUUCUGACUCAGAGCCAGAAUGUUUUUUUCUUCUUGAAUAAUGAUUUACCUGGGAACGUGCUGUGUCACUGAUCUUAUGGUGAGAUCGCAUGGAUGUGUCCAGUUGCAAUGUGAAGGGCCUUGUGAAUUGUGAAUUGCACUCAUGGAUCCCACAAGCAACUCAAUUCGCAUGUCAAUUCUGCUGACUUCUAUAUAAGCUUGGUCAACAUGUACAAUUCGCAAUAUCAUCAACCUACCAUUGUCAGAAGAAAAAGAAAAGGCCAGUGGCAGCAAUAAUGACUUGUACCCUUCGCUGUAGCCAUCGUUGACCAUAUAAUGGAGGGAGUAGAGAAAAAAGAGAGAAAAAGUGAGAACAUGAAGAAGCAAAUGAAAGGGCAGGAAGACACUUUUAUGCUUCCUCUGUCAUCAUUGCUGAAUAUCUCGUCUACUCCUGGGUUUGCCUAGUCAUUUUCUUUUCUCUGCUCUUUUCACAUAAUGGGACUCACCAAUCAUGCCAGAGAGUUGGAAUGGUCCAGUGGGGGAGAAAAGAAGGGUGACAGUUCAGUUACAUAAUUGAACUGGAUUGGCAUGGUUUAUUGGAUCUGAACGCCCAAUAAACCAGUUAAUGAGCUACCUCUAGCCACCAAAACAGAUAAAAAUAAGAGUUACAGGUUGAUGUCACGAACAAGGUUUAUGCACCAGAUCAGGAUUCACCAGAUUGUUAUUUUGCAUGUGGCUCUUUAAAAUUUUCGCAACAGAAAAGUUAGCGAACAACUUAACUCAUUGCUGUCUAUGACAGUUUCUAAUUCACUGUUAUUCUUUGGCAAAAGUUAGUUUUCUGGCAUUGUCGAAUUUUUCACCCUUUAUGCAGUACAAAAUUUUCCCCACAGAACUUUACGGUCUGUUAUUUCUUUGACAAAUGGUUUACUUGUUGUGGUGAAAUAACUAAUGCAUAACCUUGAUAAACACAUCUCAUAGUAAGAAAAGUUAUGCCAGAUGGAUCAACGUUUUGCCAAUUCAUUUUUUUCUGCAGGUCACUAUGAUCAUCAUCCGGAUGACUACAAAAGUGCUGUCUUUGAGUUGCUGAGCCAGGCAGUCAUGUUCCAUUCUCGAAGAGUGCAGCUCAGUGGUGCAGCCCUGGGCAUGGGAAGCAGCGGUGACCAGAUAUCAGAGUCCGUCUGUGACCUUCACAGGGCAGCUGUGUGCUCUAACGAGAGCUUUAGAAGGGUAGCUACUCGCCCAAGUGACCAUUUUUUCCUGCCAAGCUCUCUGGACUACCUUGAGUCGAAGGAUGGAGGCAGUGCCGUGCAGGAGGAACACAAGGGAGGAUUGUUUCAUGUGCAAAACCCACCUGGUAUGAACCCCCACGGUGUUCUCGGUCAGAUGCUGUUUGAUGUUUGUGUCCCCAAGAAUGUCGAAGGCUGGGACAUAAAGCCGACAGGCCCCUUGGACCGGAACCAGAAGCUCUCAAGGAGACCUGGCCCUUUUAAUCCUAUGAAGUGUAUACGGCGCUGCAGGAUGUAG